GCUAUCAGAGAGCGAGGUGGUUCGCGCUGCGAUUUUUAUUUUAAAUCCGAUGCGAUUUUACUGAAUUUUUUGAAAAUUUUCUCCAUUUUUAAGUAGAUUUUUAAAAAGUUCGCGUUUUGCAGUGAUUGUAUACGGACCAGAACUAUUUUCGAGUCAAGAAUGGUGCUAUUUUCAACGAGAUCAGAGAUGGAUGACACGAUGCCACAAACUGUACCAUCAGCAGGGUUUACUCCCCCGUGCGAUUACAGUAACUUUGCCGAUAACUUUGACUUAUCGCUUUUGCCUGGAGGUGAUCAGCCAGUCUCGCCGUCUACUCAAUUCUACCCUCAAAGUUACGAAACAGAAAAGCUACUUCAACCAAAAAUAUUAACAAGUUUUUAUCCAUCGCCGCCAUCAGAUCCGGAAUCAGAUUUGGAACAGUUAGCUCCCGAUUUUUCGACUUUAUUGGUACCGACUGAGACGAAGAAAUACUCUGGAAAUAUUUACUUGGAGGUUCCAAGUCCAUACUCACCGAUUUCACAAGGACUUUUAUCUCCAAACGACCAGUUUUCGAGCUAUAGAGAAACCAAUUAUUAUCCAAGUUCCCCGGAACAAUCUAUAUAUACGCCUUCUCCUAGUUCUGUUUAUUCUACAUCACCUUGCAGUGAAGAAUAUUUACAAAAACACUACAUAAAAAAAGAAACCUCACCUGUGCCCAACUUUGCCCAAUUUACUGUAAAAGAAGAAUCUUUUCUCUUGCCAACAAGUCCUGCCUCAUACAAUUCUAAUUCUUCUGAUAACGUUUGCAUACAACUUGAUGAUUCGAAUGUUCUCGAUCUUCUCAAUACAGUAGAAAUUCAAAAAGAAAUUAAAAAAGAAUCCACGGAUACUUUUAGUAGUUUUCAACGGAAUCAAACCCUCAGACAAUUAUUGGAAAAAGAUUCUAAAAGUUCAGAAUCACAAACUGUACCAGAACAACCUAAGGACCACCUCUUGCUAAGAGAGGCUUUGAGGGAUACAAGCUUUCAGAAAAAGUUUAAUAUAAGACCUAUCGAUUUUGGUUUUUUGGAAACGGAUAUUAAGAUGGAGGAGCCUGAACAAGACGAUCUAAUGAGAACAUGCAACGAGGAAAUGGUUAAUGGAAAUAUAGAACCUGUCUUAAAUAUGGCUAUUGAACAAAUGAGAAAAGAUGUGGAUAAUACUUGUGCCACUCUUGGAAUUUCAGCAGAUCCUUCACAGUGGGAUUCAGCCAGUGUGUUAUCAUGGAUUAGGUGGACUUCCAGACAGUUUAAUCUGCAGGAACCAGUCUCGGAACAAUGGGAUAUGUCGGGAGCAACACUAAUUACCCUCUCGGACGAAGAUUUUACUAGACGAUCCCCACAAGGUGGUAUGAUUCUUCAUGCCCAGUUGGAGAUAUGGAAAGCAGCGUAUUCCGAGGAAGACUUGGGUAUACAGUGGAAGCCAGAGACAACGUCAAGUAAUGCAUCUAGUGGAGGAGAUCUCUCAGAUGAUGAAGAAGAAGACAUUUCAUCUCCAGCAGAUAUCUCAAAACCCACUACGUCUAGAUCAGGUUCUCAUAUACAUCUCUGGCAAUUUCUUAAAGAGUUAUUAGCGUCACCUCAAACCUAUGUCUCGUGUAUAAGGUGGAUAGACCGCAGCAAAGGCAUCUUUAAAAUAGAAGAUUCUGUUAAGGUGGCCAGGCUUUGGGGCAAACGGAAGAACAGACCUGCGAUGAAUUAUGAUAAGCUCAGUAGGUCGAUUAGACAGUAUUAUAAGAAAGGCAUUAUGAAGAAAACAGAAAGGUCACAGAGACUGGUGUACCAGUUUUGCCAUCCAUAUUGUUUGUAAUUGUCGUUAGAAAUUUUAGCAACGUAUCUUCUAGUGAGGAUUAAAAUUUUACCAAAGUUUUGUACCAAAAUCAACUGUUACAUAUGUACAAAAUUUUGGUAACUGGUCUUAAACUUUAGUUUAUGAUCAUUUUUAGGUCUGUAAACUAUGUAUAUUAAAUUACUUGAAGAUACGGUUUGCUUAAUGUACAUAGCUUGUCUAGAACACCAAAGUAACUUGGGUGGUGAUCUUGGUGAUGGUUCUUUGGGUAUUAACAAGUAAAAAUAUUGCAUUUUGUUAUCAAAGUGUCAAAAUAAGCUAUAGGGUAUUACUAUAUGCUUAUGCACGCUAGUUAGGCGUGUUGAUUUAAGGAAGGUAAUUUCCAAUGAAAAAUCUUAAUUUUUAAGUAAAAUAUUUGCCGAAUACAGGGAAACUUCCGAAAAAUGUUGGCAUAGCGGUCUGAUUUUUGAAGAAAUAUCUGAUGCUCAAGUUGAUUUAACUUUGGAUGCUCGAUAUCAAUCAAACAGACCUUUCACAGACCAAUCGUUAAUCGGAAGAAGUACCUGAUAUUUCGGUGAUUUUGGUCCCAUAUAUCUAUGAUAUAUUACAUUUGUAAGUUCUGUGAACACAUAUUUGUAAUUUUAUAGGGUUUUGUAUUACAACUAAAUAAUUUUUUGGUUAUUAUUAUACUUUGUAUCUAAUCGUAAAUAUCUCAUUUUGAUGUAAG